UUGCCAAAGGAAAAUGGACCACAGGAGAUUGUAAGACAUGCUAGGCUCAAAGAGAAACCGAAGCUGAGCGAAAUAUGCAAUGGAAAGGCUUGAGACUCUCACUCCGGACGAGGUCUGUCUCCUCCUGCAGCUCCCCCGCAACCUGACAGUGGAGGCCUAGAUUUAAGAGAGAGAGAGAGAGAGAGAGAGAGAGAGAGAGAGAGAGAGAGAGAGAGAGAGAGAGAGAGAGAGAGAGAGAGAGAGAGAGAGAGAGAGAGAGAGAGAGAGAGAGAGAGAGAGAGAGAGAGAGCUGAAGGGAGACGGAGAGACGAGUGCUCAGACGGUCCUUCACCCGUCGAGUUCAACAGCCACUCGAGGAGGAUCUCUAGCUAUCGCGUCGGGGAGUGACAGCUGGCUCCUUUGUUCUCCCGACGGAAGUCUUCGCAACAACUUUUCUCUUCCUCUCUGUGUGUCCCAUUUCCAUUUUCGUUGUCAUUUUAAUCUCAUUUAUCGUUCUCCUCUUCACCAUUUUGCUUUCAUAUCUUUCUCUCCUUGGCUUUCCUCAUAAGACAAUUCGUCCUUCCAAACGUGCUGAGGAAGAUUGGAUGUCUUGGUGAAUAAAGCGCCAUCCUGAGUUUUGGCUAUUCAUCCUCUUCAACAAACAUUCGUCUGAUUCCUCGUCCGCCGAAGACAACGCCAAUAAAACCGAGAAAGAGAAACAAGAGCCAAAAUUAACGUCGUUAGGCUAAGCCACAUUCAUUCCGAAGGCAACAUCGCCGACGUAAACACCCGAUCAGUGUAUGAAUACAUGAAUGCAGGAUGAGUCGAGCCGCUGACCUGGACGCCGUCUUUAUAGCCUUCGAAGGUUGUGAGUCGUCCUUAAGCCACGUGAAAUGUCUUUAACUCUCUAAGAAGGACGAGGACCGAUGGCCAAUCACCAGACAUUAGGCUCAUUGAUGAGAAAUACAUGUUAAUCUGUUUUCAUAUCAAGUUAGCACGAGACAAAGGCGACCUGGAGAACAAAGUUCUCUGCCGGAAGACAAGAGACAGGAGUGUAUGUCUUCUUAUUAGAAAAUAAGAAUCAAAUCUUGCCAAAUACGUUUCCUGUCCUUUUCCCCUCCUCUCUCGACCACCACGGGCUCAUUCGAUUCCACAGAUACACCCAUAAGUAUUUUCCCCUCACUUUUUCCCCUCACUCACUUCCCCGGAGAGCACAUUCCAAAUCGCCUCCCUCCCAACGUGCGUGUUCCAUCCCCUUCACUCCCUCCCUCCUUCCCUCCCUACCCACCCCCGUGACACAUAUCAACCCCCUCGAUGUCUCCACAUUUCAAUGCCGUCCCGAGAUUACGUCCUUACAUGCAAUAUUUUUCCUUUCCUCUCUUCAUACAUCUUUGGAAUUUAUAUCUUUCUCAGACUCCAAACCACAUUUAGAACGCCGCUUUGCAGAUCCUGUCGAAUGAAGGAGUUUAACUGCAACUUCUUUUCCUUUACCUUUUAUCUCUCAUUGACGUGAAGUUGCAGACCUCAAAGAGUUAAAGAGUAAUAUAUUUGUAUCUUCACGCAUUACUCAAGUUUGAUUAAUUACGCAACUUUUUUUUUAUUCCCUCAUCCAAUCCGAACCACCAUCCGUAUUUGUACACACACAUAUACGUUUAUAUAUACAUAUACAACCCAUAAGUAUGAUAAAGAAUAAAGCAUACCCCAUCCAUUUCGUACGACACACCUAAGAGAGAGAGAGAGAGAGAGAGAGAGAGAGAGAGAGAGAGAGAGAGAGAGAGAGAGAGAGAGAGAGAGAGAGAGAGAGAGAGAGAAAACGCAGAAAAAAAAAAAAAAUCCCAGUGCCACCCUAGUAUUACCCACAACCUGGACAGCGGGAAGAGUGCCUAACUGGCAUCGCUGAAGAGGCAGAAGGAGGCGGAGCUGGGUGAUGGAGCGAGAACAUGUCGUGCGUCUGUUGGCGGUGUGCCUGGCGCUGCCCUCCCUCGUCUACUACAUCCUGAUGGGCAGCGACACCAGCACCGUCAGAUACCAUCCGCUUCCUACCGAGCAGUCGUCACCGUCACCUCCAGCGGUUGACUCUUGUACCACGUGCGACCUGGAGUUCGAUAUUGACGUGGGUGGCGUUCGCGCAGACGACCCGGAUGAGCUGUGGUGGAGCGACUGGGAGAAAGUGCAGCGCAGCAGAAGGGAAGCGCUCGCCCACGGUUGCAAGCACAACAAGAACCUCCGCGGGAAGUCGUUUUUCAAGCUGGUCACCAACCGACGCUAUCUCUACAACCUCGUGAUCGACGACAAGCACAGGACCGUGUAUUGUUACGUGCCGAAGGUUGCAUGCACGAACUGGAAGCGGAUGAUGAUGAUUCUCUCCGGAAGGACGAACAAGACCGACCCGCUUGCCAUCCGCUCUUACGUCCCGCACGUCGAGGGGGUUUUGCCCAGACUAUCCUCUUCGCGAAUGACGAGCUCACUACUUCAUCACAAACUCCGAACGUACACCAAGUUCCUGUUCGUGCGCCACCCCGUGGAGCGCCUCGUCUCCGCCUACAGGAACAAGCUGGUCAUCAACUCCACGUCGGCGGCAGACUUCAAGCGCAGGUACGGCGUCAAGAUCCUGAAGAAGUUCCGCAAGGGCGACGCCGUGCAGAACAUCUCGAAGACGGGCCACGGCGUUACCUUCGCCGAGUUCGUGUCGUACCUGAUCGAAAAGCGCCACGACAGCCCGCAGAGCAUGAACGAGCACUGGGCGCCCUACGUGGAACUGUGUCACCCGUGCUUCAUCAAGUACAACAUCAUCGGCAAGUACGAGACGCUGGAGGAGGACGCUGAGUACGUGUUGAGGAAGAUCGGGGCGCCGCCCAAGCUGCACUUCCCGCCGCUGGUCACGUCGAAGACAACCGCGCUCGUCGAGUCUCACAUGAACACGCUCACGCCCGCGCUCAGGAAGAAGCUCUACGACGCCUACCGGCUCGACUUUAAGCUCUUCGGAUACGAUUAUGUGAAGGAGAAAGAUUAUGUGACUCAAGAAAAUGGCAGUUAGUGCUUUUAGAUAUGUGAAAACUUCUUUUUUUCAAAAGUAAACUUGUAUUCACGGAUGAGAGGCAGUGCGUUGCGAAAGCUGAUUUUAGGUCUUUGUACAGCUAUAUAUAUAUAUAUAUAUAUAUAAACACACACAGAUGAUUUUCCUGGAUAUCGCAGCGCCAUUUUUGCCAAUAGGUGAUAGAUACUGGAAUUUAGUUCCUGUGCUUAUUUUAUAGUUUUCACGAAUAGCGUCAGCAUCUCUCCUUCACCUUAUUCGUUAAUGAUAUUCAAUGCCCAAACUCAGUCCUACGCGUGUUAACCCCUUAUCGAAAAUCUGACAUUAGUUACGAGACAAGGAAUGAAAAUGAUUAAGAAAACCAUGUGUGUGAUGUUUGAUAUCGAGGUAAUGGCUGAUAUCUUCCAUUUCGUCAGAAAAUAUCCUUUACUAGUUCUUGGUGUUGAAAGAGGAUGGGACAACUGCCAUACGUUUGGUACAGUAUUGCAUAUCUGCAUUUACCAUUUAAUGAAAGAUAAAGAUUGUUGUUGAUUUUAGUAAAACAUUUCUGCUAGAUGUCACAGCCUUAAAAAUUGCAAGUGACAAGAAAUGCAACGGAAGUCUGAAUUUCCUGCCCACUACUUAUCAUCCGCUGAAGGCAUUAAACAACCAGUUUUACAUCUGUACAGGAAUUUAAACUGUACGUUUAUUUCCCAUUAGGAACAUAAUGUUCAUUUACAACAUUACUGGAAGCUUAGAUAAUUGUGUCCCAAGUAUGGUAGUCGGACCAAACCCUACGUAAAGGCAGAAAUAAUUUUUGGAAGAUAAAUAAUAGAAUACUGCAGUGUGUAUUAUUUUCAUGGCAAGGAAAGUGUCACGAGAUCUAAGCUGUGAAAAAAUAAUAAAUCAGUAAAUAUGUGCAGAGAACUUGAAAAUCCGUUUUCAUGCAACUGUGUCAACUAUUCUUGGAGAUGCUGAAGUUAUUCUCUUUCAAUGUCCUUAUUUUUUAAGUCCUUACUUGGCAACGAUUUCCACGAAGGUUUAGAGAAAAGACGGCGUAUACUGCAUUUGAUAUCAGCCCCUUCCGCUGCCAGGUACCAUUCUAUCGAAAAUGAAAGAGAAUGAAAAGGGAAGAAGCUCGAAACCUUAAUGACACGCGGUACAAAAGACAUAUACGGGUGCAGAAUAUUCACACAUGUGGAGUUCUGGUUUGUUAUCUCUUUCAUAUAAAAGCAAUAAUUGACGAUGGAAGUGCGUUAAGUGUUACCGCUACCAGAGACUUGUGUGUGAUUUACUAUAAUGUAUUUAUUUUCUUGUAACGAUCUGCGGACGAAAGCCCAAGAAGAGGCGUUUUGAAGACAUGAUUAUAUGUUGGUUCCAUUCCAGACAGGCUUCCUUGGAAUGAAUCCUCUUCGUUUAGGUCUAUGCUUUAUUCUGUAAAGUGAAAAAUGAUAUCGUAAGUGAAACUGCAGAAAAAUCAUAGCAGAAUGGAAAUUGUGCAUUGUACUCUUAUCUGCCAUUAUACACAAAAUCCAGAAAUCGUAAUUACAAGUUCAUAUCUUAAUCAAAUGCCAAGUAAUUACGUCAAUUGGUCGUUAGAUCAGUUUCCUAAGCAGACGAUCCAUCCAGGAUCAUCUGUUAGAGUCAAGUGUAGUAAUUACAAAAUUCUGACAGAAUACAAGCCUGUUUUACUCUUAGUACAUCUGUAUGCGUGAACCCAGUUCACACAUUUACCUCUUCACCUAGUUACCAACCCCAUUCAUUUUCAUCACAUGUUUAUAAAGAAAAAAAUAUUUUUAAUUAAUCGAAUGUUCACGAUAUAACGAACGAAGGCAGGGUUGUGUGCAGUCGAUGUAAUCUGUGAUAAUUGCGUGACUUAAUGAGGUGGCGAAAGGAGUUCUAUAAAUUUCUUGUAAAAAUAUUCAUGUGGGAAAAAAAUACUCGGUGUUGUAUCUUUGUAACGAUGUCCCUUCUCAACCUAUGACAAUACAGUAAGAAAUGUAUACAGAUGACAGAUACUAAGAAGAUACUGUCUCACUCCUCGCCAAAAAAGCGAGAGAGAAAACGGCAUGACUUGAACUUAAAGUGAUGAAUGUCAGCAUCAUGAACAUUGUAAGCAUAUGAACAACUGUUAUACUAAUAUCUCUUACACCCUAUUUUAGAUUUUUCUCCAUGCAGCGAUUUGGUUGGUAAAUGUUGAUUACAGUUAUACCGCACCCGAUGCCCUUAGCUGAAAGGAUUUUAAGCAGAGGCUAACGAAUGCUCUACCAACUUGCGGCUACAGCGAUACUUCUAAUUAAUAGUUAGUUUCAGCUGCCUCAGAGCAACAGACGCAGCUCCUUUAAGCGAAAGUUUAGGCAGCAGUUUGGGUGUUCAGGCUAUUUGCGUGUUCCAGAGCGCUAGCUGAUGCUGUCUGCGAGUGCGAGCUGUCUAUGGUUUUCUCAUUUUCCUUUAUUUUUCCCGUAAGAAAACUGGUAUUGUUCUGAUAUGUAAGGCCGCAAGCUGAUGUAAUUCAUAGUCGCACAUGCAUGGGAAUCCUCUACAGCGUCCAGUCUCAGAGAAGAGAACACCUGGCAACUGAACAUAACUGCGAAGUACUCCGAUUCGCCAUGUCGCUUUUGAGAAAGAAGGAUUAAGUGGUGUAAAGCAAUAAAUUACCGUGUGAGUUUUCAGAAUACUACAUUAGUGUAAACAAAAGAAUGAAGUAUCAACUGACUGCAAUAAGAAAAGAGAGACAGUUAAAUUGCAGACAUGGCAAAUCGUAAUACUCCAAAGAACAGGGUGAGUUGCCAGUUCUUUUUUUUCCUUGAGGCUGGAUGCAGUUACAUUGGAUUUAAACCAAGAAUCACCUGAUUGCCAGUGAACACAGUGACGUAUUCCCCGGCGAAUAUGGGAGCAUCAGGUGAUAUGCUUAAGUGCCAGCUACUGAGGUUUAAGAAUGCUGAAGCUGAAGUUUUAUAAGAACACCAGCACAUUAAAAAGUAAAUGCUGUUUGAGUAAAGAUAGAAAAAAAUGUAUUAUUAAAAAAUAUAUAGCUGUUGAUCAGGGCAGUCUUCGGGAGUCUGUAAAAUUCCUUCGACGGAAAGAGUAUGUUAAAUGAUAUGUAUAUUGUUUAUGAAGUAAACAAAAUGUCCUACAGACACUUCAUUCCACACAGUAAAGUUCCGUUUGCAUCAACUUUGCCACGCUCCCGAAUCUGCCCUUGUAACUUACAGCUCUAGUUGAUCUUCCAUAAUUAUAGAUUCAGAUGAUCUUUCAGCCGUAUUUCCAGAUAUUAAGCCCAAUAGUUCCAAACGAAGGUCCUAUGAUAAUAAAUAGUUCCAGGUAAGGUUCCCUGAACACUAGAUCCAGGUCAUGUACUUAAGCUAUAGUUCCAGAUAAUUUUUUAAGUAUGUAAUUCCAAAUGAUCUAUAAGGCAUAGUGUCAGAUGAUUAUUUUUAAGCAGUAGUUUGAGAAAAUCUUUAAAUAGUUCCAAUUUAUGACUGUUAAGCCAUAGUGUAAGACGUCGACAGUCUAUAAGCGAUAUUACCAUGCAAGAGCUCAUAAGCAAUAGCACCAUACAAUGGUUCAUAAACAAUAGAUCCAUCUUAUCUUCCGCAAGCAAUAGUUAAACCUAGUGGUCCAUGUUUUAACAGCUCUUUUAAGUGAGGGCUUUCUCAGUGGGAGUUCGCCCUGCUGUCGCCUCCAGUGAUAGUGACAAGCUGAGUGAGAAGGAAGAGGAAGAGGUGGAAGAUCCUUGUAUGUGUUAAGUCAGAUCUUCAGAUGGCCUCUCCAAGACUGUCGACUGAGAAGACAUUGUGAGCUUAAUCAUUCAGUUCAAGAGGUAAUGGGGUGCCUUAUCUCUUGGCUAAUUCAAUGCAUACACAUUUAUAAAAAGAGCACACACAAGCACACACACACACACACACACACACACACACACACACACACACACACACACACACACACACACACACACACACACACACACACACACACACACACACACACGGAAACACAACCACACGCACAAAGUAAAUAAUGUAUGCAAAACUGAUUAUAAAUUAUUGGCUCCAACAUGUAAAUUGUUCCUGACGGAGGCCUGCUGCUUAGUGCCCGCUGUGAACGAAACCCUACCGGCUACAGAGGAGCAAAAGCAACAGCCUGUAGGUAACCGCACCAUCAACCAGGUAAAUCUGCCAGGUAAGGAGUCGGGGAUCCACCCUUUCUGAGCCCCAGGUGAAGACAUAUCGCAUGAGAGACAGGUUGCAAAACAUCGUAAAUGUGACUGCUACACUGCACUUCAUCGAGAACCAUCUGUGAUAAUAAUGUGUGCUCAUCCUACAACUCAAUGAUAAAUGAUGUAUGAUAGAGGAAAUUGCUAUACAGUGUCUUAGGUUUCACAAUAGUAACGUGAAGCCCCUUCGGUGUUUUAACCAUAAUCAGCAUUAAUUAACCCCGUGCAGUGUAUAUCUCGGUGACAUGUGCUUUUAUCAGCUUUUUCAGUGUUUCCCUUUGGCUUGUGAGUUAAAUUAUUACAUUAAAGUUUUCUCCUGUGAUUACAAAGGUGGGAGAACGAACGUAUUUCUAUUUCUCUCUUCUGUUUGUUUAUUUGCUUUGUUUAUGAAAUUUAUUUGUUUUUAUAAUCGAUUACUCAUUUCUUUAUUACCUCAGAGCAUGUUGAAAGUACUGGGUGUCUUCAGAUUUAUUUAAUUAUCUCUUCAAACCAUAACAGAAUACUUUUUAGUGGAAACCUGUAAUCAUUGUCCCAUUCGUAAUGACCGAUUUUCGUAUACCCAAAAGUGGCUGCUUCUCUCCCCACCCCACUUUUCUCCUUUUUUCAGUUUAUCAAAAUAGAUAUUCAAGUAACGUAAGUGACGACCUAUGAAUCCCGCCAUCAAGGAAAAGAAAGUAAUAAUAACAAGCACAUCAUUCUGACUGGAUCAGGAACUCUAAACGAAGAAUUUUCCCGCCAUUUUCGCGGGAAAAAAGAAAUGGAAUUAGGGAUGGCUAUCUUCCUGGUGACUUAGGUUAGACUAAUUAACGCACAAAAGAAUUCGUUCAACUGUAAUAUAGACAUAAAGUAUGCCUUUCCAUAUGAGGACAACAUAUGUAGCCUUAUGCUUUGCUUAUAAGCAACUGUAUUUCUCUUUCAAGCAGAUUUUUUUCAUAUUGGUAUAAUAAAGAGAACCAAGCCAU